UCGAAGUUUGCCAACACAAAACAUCAGUUAGCUUCAAAAUUCGAAGUAAGCAAAACACAGAUCUAAACAAGAUGUUCAAAUUCAUAGUAUUGUCUGCUUUCUUGGCAAUUGCCAAUGCUGGAGUUCUUCACAGUGCUUACAGUAUUCCAACUGCUGUGAGUCAUCAAUCGAGAACCGACAUCGUAAGCAAGCCUGUUGUUGCUCCAGUUGUCGCUGCGUACACUGCUCCAGUUGUAAAUACUGUUGCUGCUGCUCCAGUUGAUUACACUUCUUCAAUAGCUUACACUGCUCCAGUUGUUAAAACCGUUGCUGCUGCUCCAGUAGCUUACACCGCAGCUGCUGCCAUCCCUACCGCCGUCAGCCACCAAUCUAGAACCGAUUUCGUUAACAAACCAGUAUUCGCCGCUUACUCUGCUCCAGUUGUUGCCGCUGCUUACACCGCUCCAAUUGCCAACGCCGCAUACGCUGCUCCAGUAGCUUACACAGGAUUAUAUUAUUAA